AAUACAACGUAAUGGAACCGUUUACGAGCACGCGACAAAAGUUGGCGUUCUAAUUCGCCAUUUAAAUCGCGGGCUCUUGUUUACGACGAAAAAUCGGAAGCGAGAAAACAAGAAAACGAGAAAAUAUAAACAAUAAUAAAUAACGGUUAAUAAUUUUAAUAAAACGGUUAACAAUUAUAAGUGUUUCUUUUGGGAAUUUUGUUAAACAACUAGUGAAAUAAGAAAAUAAUAUGAAAUUAAUAAAUUUCAUUGCCUAUUUACAGGCUAUUGAAUUCAUGUCAUUAAAAUUUGUGUUGUUACUGUGUUCGUUCGCGUGUGAAAAUGUCACGAAAAUAAACGUGUUUUGAAAUUAGAUUUAUACAUAUUUGAAGAUAUUUAGCAAUAUUUGCUUUAGAAUUUGCAAACAAAUAUAAAAACAAAGUUAAUUUUUUGCCUAUGAAAAGUUUUUUAAACCAAUUGUAUUUUGACAAGUGUUAAAAUUGAUUUUAAUUGCAGUUUAUUUCGUGCUUAACAUUAUUUUGUUAAAAAACAAAUGUCAUCUACAUUUACCGUUAUCCUGUCGACAGAAACAAAAUUUUCUAAUUAACAAUAAAAAUCUCAUUAAUCAAAGUGACUGAAUAAAGAAGAAAUAAUAAAUAAACAACAAACAAGAAACGAUAAAAGAAAACCAAUAAAACGAAAAAUAAUAAAAGAAAACAAAAACAAGAAACAGAUACGCACAAAAUCAUAAUCAUAAAAGUAACACAAGUAAUAAAUUCUUAAAUUAAGUUCCAUUAAGAAGGCAGGUAACGCCUUCUUUUCUUUAAUAAACCACAAAAAUACAAAAGGCAGCUUCCAUGCAAAAUUUCGAAAUAAAAUAUUUACAAAUUUGCCAACAACAUGUUUGUUCAAAAAGUAAAUAGUAAUGCAAUCAUUUGACAACUACUGGAAAAACGUAUCUGGUAUCAAGCUAUAAAACAUCACAUAAAAUUGUGUGAAAAGUGCUAAAAAAUUCUCCAAAGAAACUAAAUUUUUUUAAAAAAACUAUUAUUUUUAAUUUCAAUUAUUUUGUUUAUUAAAAUACAAAUCGCUCUAAAAAGUGUUUAACAGUGUUUUUUAUAAAAACCCACAGUUUGAAAAAUCAUUUAAAAAACAAAAAUUUCAUUUAAAAAAACCAAAAAUUAUCAAACCUACCGCAUGAGGGUUAACGUGUCUAAAGCAUUCAUUUCAAAAACGUUUAUGUACGGUUUGAAAGUGUCACUUCAACGCCAAUUAACUAAAAGCAAUAAGAAGAAAUCUUUGGAAUUUUACUUAAAUCUAGAUAAAACAAUUAAACAAAAACAAAAGUUAAAAGUUUCUCCUCUAUACGAAGCCUUAACGCUAUUAACGGAAUUUGCAACAUUUGCAAGCUUAUUACAACCCCUACUCUUAGCAGUAGUAGUACUAAUCAAUAUAUUUAUUUCGUUUAACGGGUUCAGUCGUUUAACGGUCUUAAUGAAUGACUUUCGGUUAAAAACUUUCUAUUGUAAAUCGAGUAAAUCUAGUAAAUCUAAUAAAACAAUUAAAAAAUCAACCACCAAGUUAGUGAGUAAAACAUUUAGUACAACUUUAACAUCAGCAGCUACGAUAAAACUGAAAUUAUCCGCAACCUCCAUAAAGUUGUCAACGUUACCGACGACCAUCAACUCCUCCUCGUUUACGGACACAUCAGCGGCAGCAGCUUUUGCAACGUCUGCCACAUUGUUGAAAGCCAAGAGCAGUAAAAAUAAUAAUCAUAAUCGUACUUACAACAAUAGUAGUAAAUCGAAUAAAGUUUUUCUCUAUUAUACACCACGUGAUCCACGUUUAAGGAUUUUAAUAAAAACUAAACAUUUUUCUAAAAGACCCCAACAACAACCCCAAGUUUAUAAUAAUAAUUGUUGUUGUGAUAAUAAAAGUUCAUUCAAAGUUUUAAGUGAUUUGUGUAAUUAUGGUGAAUUAAUCGGUGGUCAAUAUAAUAGUGGUGUUAAUAAAACAAUUGUUAAACAAUUAAAUAAUAAUAAUAUUAAUAGUAAAGCUAAUUUAAAUAAAACUAAAGAAAUUUGUGAUAAUUUAAUUAAAACCAGUGAUAAUUUAAUUGUUGCAACUGCUGCUCGUGCUGCCAUCGAAACAUCUUCUGCCGACGUUUUAAUUGUCAUUUUAACUGUUGUUGCUGUUAUAAGUGAAUACACUAAGGAAUUGUUUAAAUCUAUUGAAAUUUUAUUAAG